AUGUCUGCAUGGAAUUUAAAUGUCGAUUACUUUCGAGAUACUAUAUCGUUAACGGGACCUGCUUACGGUUAUCGUUUAUCUCGAAUAAAUAGAAGCCGAAUGCAUGACUUGUUGGAUUUUUAUCAAGAAUAUAAACAUUUAGGAAAUGCUCAAUAUUGUAAAAAUGGAAUCGAAUACGAUCAAAAUUGUAUUCCAAAAGAAAGCGAUUUCGUACCAUGUUUUCAAUUAAAAUUCUGGCCGGAAGAUGUAAAACCUUUUCUUGAACGAAUUCAGAAAAAGCGUUCAGAUCUAUUCGACCUAAUUGAAAGCGAUAAGACUUCAAUGCAUGUCAUACAGAAAUGGUCAACAGAAACUCCAGAAGUCGAUAAGGAAAUCGAAUUUCGAUAUUCAUUUUCAUUUAUUGAACGUCUGCUAGCCAGACAUCGUACAGAAAAAGAAAAAAUCUUGAAUGGUGUGGCAAGAUCAAUUUACUAUCGAUAUUUGAAAGAAAAAUGUAGAUUACCAUCGUACUUUAUUAAAACGAGUGUUCUCUGGAUGUGUGAAGAUAUUAAUGUAAAAGACUGUCUCGAUGUUAAAGAAAUUGCAGAAAAAUGGCUCGAAUAUGCGUGCGAGUUAUUGAAGAAUAAGAAAUGUCCCCAUUAUUUUAUCCAUAAUACAAAUAUUUUCAAACCUUAUCUGGAGGAUGGAUCAAUCGAUCGUGCUCGCCAGAUACUGAUGACUGAUGUUCGUCUCGAUGAACCUAUUACAAUGAACAUUUUAGAUCAGCAACAACAGAUCAUUUGUAAAUUUUAUCAGAACAAUUUGAACUUUUUGUCUCAACUGAAAGUUAGAGAUCUUCUCAAUGCUCUUAACGAUUAUCAUUUGCUACAAAAAAAUUGGCCGGACAAUGAAGUACCUCAGAUAUCUAUUACGAAUGAAGAUAUUCACGAAUGUUUACACAUAUUAAACGUGUUACGCUUCAUUGACGGUGAUAAUUUUCAGAAUUUGCUUGAAUUUCGGCGUAUUUUUUUGGAGGAAGAAUCAAAUCGUUGUACCAAUAAGCCUUUGUGGGGAGAAUCCUCCAAUAAAUGUAGUCCAAGUGAGUUUGUCAAUAGUCUGAUGGCAGUUAUAUUUUAUCUGAAAGCGAUCAAUGAAGUUAUGAAUGAUCCUCAAUUUACCGGUCAAUAUAUUGGUGUUAAUCCACGCAUGUUUCAAUCGUAUCAACAUGUCAUGCAAGAUUUGACUAAUCCAGGAAAUAUAAUGCAAAACUUACUUACCAUGUUGGCACCUAUGCUCGCUAAUGAUCCAGAGAGGAUAUCGUCAGUCACUGAGCGGACGUUACUUACUCAUCACCCUGAUGGACCUCUGUUGAACAUUGGCCAACGUACAUCGAAUGCAUCAACAAAUGUUUUGUGUUAGUAAAAUCUUCGUAAGAUUUACUUAGUAUCUUUGCAG